GUUGAAUCAUGUGGCGCAGUCACUUCCUACCUAGCGAUUCUACUCCAGACGCGCUUAUCAUGUCGUCCUGCUGAACACCCACCCACCGCUCGAGCAUGUUUUUACCGAACCACGGCCGGCGUCGCCUACCCCACGGCGGCUUGCUUUGCUUGGUGGCGAGUGUGGGAUGUUUGCUGGUCUUCUCCGGAGCGACGACGACUGCAGCGGCGGAUGGGAAGGAGGAGGAGGCAAGCCUUUGGUACCAGGACCUCUGCAGCUACAAAUGGGAGGCGAUUGACCUGGACAACAAAAUAAGCUACACGCUCAAGCUGUGCGACUCGUCCCCGUCCACCCCCUGCGGUGACGGCACCGCUGUCUGCGCCCGCGACCUGACCAGCGAUAUUUACCAAUCUGUCGGUGAGCUGACCCUGCGGAAUCUGUCCGGAACCGUCCUUGCUUACAACAGUAAGGUUAAAUGUGCAGGAAAUGACAACUUCAUCCAAACCACCAUCGGCUUCCAGUGUGGCAAAACCAUGGGUACUCCGGAAUUUGUGGCCGUUUCUCAGUGUAUGCAUUACUUUGAGUGGAGGACCUACGUGGCCUGCAGCAGCGACAAAUUCAAACCACACAAAGAGGUGCCGUGCUUCGCCUUCGACUCCGACAGCAAGAAGCACGACCUCAACCCGCUCAUCAAAGUGAGCGGCGGCGGCUACCUGGUCGACGACGGCGACGACAGCGUCGACUUCUACGUCAACAUCUGCCGCAGCCUCAGUGGCGGAGAAACACAUUGUCCGGAAGGUUCUGCCGCCUGCCUGGUUACCAAGAACGUGGCCCACAACAUGGGCUCCCCCGCCAAGCCCUUAGAGCUCCUCUCAAACGACAGACUGAGCCUGCAGUACAACCUGAGUGCCAGCACGACUCCCCCGGUCUUCUGUAACGGACACUCUCCCGCCGUCACCAUCACCUUCAUCUGUCCAUCAAGCCGACGUUCGGGCAGCACCCCUAAAAUGACGGCGGAGGCCAACUGCCGCUACGAGGUGGAAUGGGAGACCGAGUACGCCUGCCACAGGGAUUAUUUGGAGAGUGACACGUGCAAACUCAGCAGCCAGCAGCAUGACAUCUCGGUCGACUUGACCCCGCUCACCUUGACCUCUGCGGACCAUCCCUACUAUGCCCAUUCCUCAAACAGCGAUGGGACUGAAAGCUACAUUUAUUACCUGAACGUGUGCGGGAAAGUGCCCUCGGACGAAUGCAGCAGCCUGGGGGACUAUGUUUCCUCCUGCCAAGUGAAGAAGACAGGCGAUGGCAAAAAAGUGGCCGGCAGAUACCAGAACCAGACACUGCGUUACUCAGAUGGCGAUCUGACACUUAUCUACCCUGACGGUGCCAAGUGCUCCACCGGCUUCCAGAGGAUGACCAUCAUCAACUUUGAGUGCAACAAGAACGCAACCAAUGGUGGUGUGGGGACCCCAGUGUUUGUCGGAGAGACAGACUGCACGUACUACUUUAACUGGCAGACCGCGUACGCCUGCGUCAAGGAGAAGGAGGAUCUUCUGUGUCGGGUUGAUGAUGGCAGCAAGCAUUAUGAUCUUUCGCCCCUCACUCGCUUGCCUGGGUCAGAGUCGAACGGGAACUGGGAGGUGGUGGAUCCAGAAUCCUCCGAGUCAGACUUAAAGCGCUUUUACCUCAACGUUUGCCACAAAGUGGUCCAGGCGGGAGGAGCUACCGGCUGCCCGGAGAGUGCCGCCAUUUGUGCCGAGGACAAAGAGCAGAAGAUGAUCAGCCUGGGAAGCUUCCUCUUGCCCCCCCGCAAGACUGAGAAGGGAAACGACAUCCGACUGGUGUACACCGAUGGAGACUUUUGCAGCAAAACCACGAGGAUUCAAACCAUCCUGACGCUCAAGUGCAAACCAGGAGAUCUGGAGAGCGCGCCCGUCCUCCGCAGCGUCUCAUCAGAUCGCUGCAUGUACGAGCUGGAGUGGUACACUGCGGCCGCGUGCGUCCUCUCCAAGACCCAAGGGGACAACUGCAAGGUGGAGGACCUGCAGGCCGGCUUCUCCUUCGACUUGUCGCCGCUCACCAAGGCUAAUGGCGGCUAUUACAACUUGACCAACGACAACUACGACUACUACAUCAACGUGUGCGGCCCGGUCACGGUCGCCAACUGUCCCGAAAAGGCCGGCGCAUGCCAGGAAGAAACAAGUAGUUGGAGUCUGGGCCAGGCCAACUCGCGGCUGUCCUACUACGACGGCCUGAUCCAAUUGUCCUACAGCAACGGCUCGCAGUAUAACAACCAGCAACACACGCUCCGAUCAACUCUCAUCUCCUUCCUAUGUGACCCUGAAGCCGGUGCCGGAAAACCAGAAUUCCAGGUGGAAGACAAGUACACGUAUAACUUUCACUGGUACACAUCGUAUGCGUGUCCCGAAAGACCUCACGAGUGUCUGGUGACUGACCCCAAAACUUUGGACCAGUAUGACCUGUCCAGCUUGUCUUACCCCACGUCCGGCAGCAACUGGCAGGCCAUGGACCUGUCCGACACCGGCAACCUGCGCAAGUACUACAUCAACAUCUGUCGGCCCAUCAACGCCGUCAUGGGCUGCGACCGCCACGCGUCCGUCUGCCAGAUGAAGUACACAACCACGCAGGGCUUCCCACAAGAAGUGGUGUCCGUGAGUAACAUGGGCAUCUCCAAGCGCGGCCCCGUCAUCGAAAGCCGCGACCGGCUGCUGCUGGAGUUCACGGACGGCGACCCCUGCGAGUCAGACGGCUUGAAGCUGACGUACACCACCCGAAUCCACCUGGUGUGCACCAGGGGAAUGCUGUCAAUGGGUCCGCGAUUCCUCAUAUACCAGAACUGCACUGCCAACUUCAUCUGGGAGACCAGGGCAGCAUGUGCCAUCACCACGACCAAGAACAACAGCUGUGCCGUGAUAGAUCCCGACACCGGCUUGGAGUUCAAUCUGCAGCCGCUUGCUUCCAAGACUGGAUACAAGACCAACGCCAAUGGAAAAGACUUCUUAGUGAACAUCUGCUCAGACCUGGCAGAGUGCGGCGCGGGAAUGGCGGGCUGUGAGCUGGAAGACGGGCAUCCCAUCAGCCCGGUGGGGGUGGAGAAAACCCUGCAGUACUCCACCGAUGGCCUCCUCAAACUGACAUACAAGGGACCCCGUGACGAUUCUACAGCAACGCGGGACACCUUCACCAUUAACUUUGUGUGUGAUCCAAACGCGCACCCUGGUUCAUUGAAGCUGCUCCGCGAGGACUUGAACACCCUGCCCAGUCACGUGGUCCAUGACGUCCUCUUUGAGUUCUCCACCGCGCUAGCCUGCGUCCCCGCGCCGGUGGACUGUCGCGUCAUCGAUUCCCGUGGUAACGAGUAUGACCUGAGUCAUCUGGUUCGAGGUGGAGACAACAGUCCCUGGGUUGCUAUAGACACCGACGCGGUGAAGUCACGCAGCUUUUACAUCAAUGUCUGCAGACCUCUCCCCUCUCUGAAUGACUGUCCUGUGGGUCCGUUGGGUGCUUGCGCCGUCAUUGAUGGAGCCGGUUACAGCCUGGGUCUGGUCCAGGCUAGCCCGCAAGUGGCGGAUGACGGCUCCAUCAGCAUCUUGUACCACAACGGGGACCUGUGCGGCGCCACGUCUCGCUACUCCACACGCAUCAUCUUACUCUGUGACGACAGCCCAGGCUCCCCCAUGUUUGACCGGCAGGACGGUUGCGAGUACGUCUUCAUCUGGCGUACAUCCGAAGCUUGUCCCAUCAGGAAGUCCCAAGGUAACGAGUGCCGUGUCAGCGACCCGAGAAGCGGAUUCGAGUUCGACCUGAGCUCCCUGAAAGGCAAAGAUUACCCAGUGAGGAGUGACAAGUACAUCUACCACUUGUCCGUAUGCGGCGGGCUGCAGAGGGGCGUCUGCACCAAUAAAGAAACAGGCAGCGACGCCGUCUCCUCGUGCCAGGUGGACGGAAACAAACACAGCAUAGCAGGAAUGGCGAACCAGCUUCUGAGCUUCGUGGGGGAUCAGCUGAUCUUGAACUACACCAGCGGAGAGACGUGUCACAAAAUCUACCAGCGAUCCACAGAGAUCUACUUCUCCUGCCACCCCGACAUGCACCCUGGUGUGCCAGAAUUCAUCAAGGAGACUCCUGAGUGCACCUAUUUGUUCAAUUGGCGCACGUCACUGGCAUGCCUUCCUGUUAAAACAACCAGCUGCUCAUACCAUGAUGGUGCGGGCCACUCAUAUGACCUCUCACCUCUGGCCAUGGAGGCCCAAAACUGGGAGGCGGCGGCUUCAACGGGCGACACCAGCAAGCGAUUUUACAUCAACAUCUGCAGGUCGCUGGUGCCACAGGGAGGUUCGUGGAAGUGUCCCUCCGGCAGUGCAGCCUGCAUGAAGGCUGGAGAGGAAUACGUGAGCUUGGGUCAAGUGACGAGCGGCCUCACGUGGGACACCAACGUGCUGAAGUUGCAGUACAGCGGCGGCCAGGCCUGUCCCGACAGUGUCCGCAACAGGACCACCAUCAUACGCUUCAAGUGUGAUAAAGACCAAGUCGACUCUCGUCCAAACCUCAUUUCCGCCAUCGAGGACUGUUUGUACACUUUCAUGUGGUUCACGGCUGCUGCGUGCCCACUAAACAGCAGCCAGCAUGACGGCUGCAGAGUCGCCAACCCAGCUACAGGUCAUUUGUUCGACCUGAACAGCCUCAGACGGGACGGUGGUUACACGGUGUACGACCACAACGUGCCCAGCAGGAUGUUCCGUGUCAACAUCUGCGCAGACAUGAACAACGCCGGCUGUAGCCCAGGAACCGCGGUGUGCAUUAAAGACGUCAACACUGGGCUGAGCGGCGGCCAGACCAGCGGGAAGCUCUCGUACAAGGAUCGCGUGGUGGAGCUGAUGUACCAGGGAGGAAGUCCAUGCGCCGCCGACCCCGCCCUCAAGCACAGCACCAUCAUCCACUUCAUCUGCCGACCUGCCAGUAUGAGCUCAACCCUUUCGGAACCCGUCCUCAUUGACUCCAAUGCAGAGACAUGCACGCACUUGUUUGCCUUCCAUACUCACCUGGUGUGCGAGCAGCCUGUCACAUGUUCCGUCCAGAACGGCUCCACCACGAUUGAUCUGACUCCUCUGAUUCACUUCACCGGAUACUACACCGCCACAGAUGACGCGGUGGACGAAAGCGAUGACUCUCCGGACUUUUACAUCAACGUUUGUCAACCUCUGAACCCCAUCCCCAGGGUCACCUGCCCACCUGGCGCCUCAGUCUGCAUGGACCCAGACAAUGGACCUCCAAUUGACAUUGGGCGCACGACAAACGGGCCUCAGUUAGGCGCCAUGGGCGACGUUUCCAUCACUUACUCCAGCUCCACCCAGUGUGCGUCAGAUGUGGCGCAAAACUACACCUCCACCAUCAUCUUCACCUGCCAGAGAGGUGUAGACUUGGGUUCCCCGCGCAUGCUGAGGCUGCAGGGCUGCGUGUACGUUUUUGAGUGGGCAACCCCUGUCGUGUGUUCGGACGCCACCCACACCAGCGGAUGCAAACUGAUCGACACUCAGCUGCAGUACACCUUUGACUUGUCGACGUUGACAGGACAAGUGCUGGUCCCGCUUGGCUCCUCCGACAACUACCUUAUCAACGUGUGCAGCUCGGUGGCCGAGCCUGCUUGCAAGGGCGCUACCGUUUGCCGGGUUUCGGGCCCAAGCAAAUCGGCGGCGUCAUUCGGCAUCAACAAGGCCAUGACCAUGGAUUUCAAACACGAGGAGCAGGCUGUGCUCAUGCAGUAUGGUGGCGGGGAUCCAUGCCCGCCCAGAACGCAUGAAGGCAAGGCCUGCGUGUUCCCCUUCACGUUCAUGAAGCGCUCGUAUACAGGAUGCACCACAGAUGGCAGGACCGAUGGCAGGAAGUGGUGCGCCACGACCGCCGAUUAUGACAAGGACAAAAACUGGGGCUUCUGCGAACCAGUGUCUGCCAAGCGGCAGUCGUCCAUCCUGUUUACUUGCGACCCGUCCGCGGGCCACGGCUCCCCGCAACUGCUGUCGGAAACGGCGGGAUGCUCGGCUACCUUCCAGUGGCCAACGAGUGCUGUGUGCGCCUCACGGAAGAUGGAGUGCAAGCUGGUCAGUCAGCAUAAAAGUUUCGAUCUGCGAGCCCUCUCUUCCCUCACCAAGCCCUGGAAGUUCAACCACAACGGCGACACAUAUUUCUUCAACCUCUGUCAGGGGAUUCAUAAAGGACCUCCGGGUUGUGACGAGGGCGCCACUGUGUGCCGGCACUCGGCGGACGGCAGCACGCAGACGCUGGGUCGCGUCUACACUCAGAAAAUGAGCUACAAGGAUGGCAAGAUUUCCGUCAACUAUUCGGCCAGUGAUUCUUCCUGCGGUAACGGCGUGGCGGCAAAGACGGAGAUCCGGCUGAGCUGCGGCACCACUGUCGGUCACCCGACCAUCAUCAACAUCGACAAGACGUCCUGCCUCUUUGUGAUUGGCUGGGAGACCCGCUUGGCAUGUGCCGUCAAGCAACAUGAGGUGGAGAUGGUCAACGGCACCAUUCAGAACCCAAACACGGGCGCCCGCCUCAGUCUUGGAGCGCUUUACUUCAGUCCCCAUCAAGCCUCCGGAGACAUCCGGGAUAACGGGGACCACUACAUUUACCACAUCCAGUUGUCCGGGCUCACCAACAGCUCCCUGCCAACGUGCGUGGGCGCCAACAUCUGCCAGGUCAAAGUCAACGAACCCUACUGGCGGCGGAUUGGCUCCUCCAGCACGGCCAAAUAUUGCAUCAAAGGUGGCAACCUGGAUGUAACGGUGACCUCGGAGUCGGCGUGCGGGCGGGAAAGAACCAAAAAGGCGUCGUCCAUCAUCAUGUUCCAAUGCAACCCGACGGCCGGCGUGGGCAUCCCCAAAUUCAUGCUGGAGACGGACGAGUGCCAGUACAUGUUUGUGUGGCACACGGACGCCGUGUGUGGUCUCACGACUGUGGACACGCAGACGCAAGACGAUGGCGGCGACGGCCUUCCGGCUCUUUCCAGGCGGAGUCAGGUGGCGGCUGUUCUGCUGAGCCUCCUGAUGGCGGGCUUGAGCGUUUGUCUACUUGCACUGUUGCUGCGUAAGCGAGAGAGAAGAGACAUGGUGAUUCAGAAGGUAGCUGGAUGCUGCAGGCGAGGCAACCAAGUCUCCUAUAAAUAUUCAAAGGUGAACAUGGAUGAAGAUGCGGGCGAAGACGAGAUGGAGUGGCUGAUGGAGGAACUGGAGACUCCCACCACGACAUCCUCGUCUUCGUCGUUCUCCUCCUCGCAGCUGGGUCGCGGUAACCACAGCAACGGGCACAUCAAGACCAAGCCGGUCAACACGGACGGCUUGCGCUCCUUCUCGUUGGACGAGCAGGAGGACGACAGCGAAGACGAGGUCCUUAGCGUCCCCGGAGUGCGGGUGGUCAAGUCGUCGUCCGCCCAUCGCAGUGUCUUCCUGCAGGAGGAGAGUGACGAGGACCUGGUGGGCCUCCUGGACGAGCCCGAGCGAAAGCGGAAGAGCGGCAAGGCUCGCUCAGCGGCCGGCCGCCGCAAUCACAACGCAGCACCGAAAGCCAAGCGGGAGGACGACGACAGCGAUGAGGACCUCCUGCGGGUGUAACUCGCCCUCCGGAACUGCUCUCUCUCUCACUCAAUCUCUCUCUCAGUGAAUGUCGCCAUAGCUACGCAUCUCAGCAUUACUGACACUUCCUCCAGCCCCCUUUGCCGCCAUUUUGUUAUUUAUUGAUCGCUCCUUUAUUUAAAGUGUUUCUCACCGUUGCUCUGGAAGCAAUCAAGGCGAGUUGGUCCCUCGUGUCACCGGGUGCCACGUUUUGUCCAAAAUGUUCUUUGUGAUUGUCGCCGUGCCAUUUCUGUAGCACUUUAUCUUAAAGCGAGUGUUUCUUUGCAGAUUGUUUAAGAUGAAGGUCCACGUGGCUGCAAAAGCAGCAAAGCUAAUCGGUCGGCCAGCCAUCGAAACGAGGAACGAACUCUGGCCGAGUGGACAUAGGCGGUGAAGGUCAGUUCUCGUGCGGUUUUAAAGGGAAUAGAAAUGCUCGGGUGUUGCAUUGUUUGCACUCACGGUAAACAGCCCCCUGAAAAGAGAGCGUAAGACCUUUUUUUUUUUUUUUUUUUUUUUUAAAAAAGAUGAAUUUUCUCACAUUUUCACUGAUUGUCCUCACAUUUUCAUACUCUACGGAGACGUUCCUGUGUUUGUUUGAGAUUUUAUCAUUAUUUAAGUGUGAUUCUGUAAACGAAAGUUUUGAAAGUGGCCAUGUGAGUGCAAUGUCCCAUCCAAGCCAUAUUUCAAUGCCUGUUGUCGUUGCUUUGUUUUGUUUAUUGCCUAGCCAAGUCGUCGUUUGGUAGGCAAUUCAAAUAUGUAUUUGCCACAUAUUGAAACUGCCAACAUAAUAAUCGAAUGUUUUGAGGGUUGACUUAAAUCAUCCAUUGUUAAGAUGAAAGCCGCUUUCAGACGGCCUUUUCUGAAAAUUGCUGCAGGAAAAAUAAACCUGUCCCUUGAAAAUACAUAAACAGCCCCUUUGUCAAGCAGUAUUUAUUCAGGCUGUAACAAUUCUGCAUUAUCGUCAAAGCUGUGAGGGAGUUUGGCUCGGUACGUAAACGUUUGGUACUGGUAAAGCACCCCCCCGCCCCCCCGGAUUUGCACGUGCGCUGCUUUGUUUUCUGCGAUUUUCAAAAGAGGACAGAAAAAUGGUGCACUGGAGAAAAGCACAAGAAAUGAGGUGCGAUUAUCAUUGUCAUCCUGCUUUUGUUGUCUUACCUUUGUGCUUGUUUUUUGCUAUUUAAAAGGACCUCCAUGUACUCAUGUCUCUUUAUUUGAAUAAAUACCUGUAGAAUGA